AUGGAAAUUUCAUCUGUGCCAUGGAACAGAGCUGGGACAAGGGUACUUGCCUGUGUCUUUCUUGCUGUGCAGUCCUUUCUUGUCAAUGGACAAGAGCACUCUGGAUACCAUUCAGGUGACGAAGACACCUAUAGGAAAAUAGCGGCAGAAUCAUACUCUUAUUUGCCUGAAUUAGGAAGUACAUCUUAUGAUGGCUAUAAAUCAGAAGAUGAUUUCAAGAUGACAUCCACAAGCAUCCCUUACCUCACAGACUAUCCUGGUAGAUAUUACCCAGAGGAAACCACAGCUGGAUAUUAUGAGUCGUCAUCUUCAGGUUAUUACCUGGACAGAGAGAAACACACUUUCCCAACAAAAUACUAUGUUGAUGGCAGAGAUGAUACAACUUUGACAGUUAAGGCAUCAUUCAGUGAAGAGAAAAAUCUUUUCCCAGUUCCUGAAGUCUCAAGAGAAGCACAAGUCACUGAUCUAUUGGAAGAACUAGAAGUACGCAGGGCUUCUGGAGUUAGUAUUGUUCCCGGAUCACAAAGCGACCUGACAGCUUAUCAGCUUGGACCAAGCGUGCAAGUCAGAAGAGAAACCAGAUUUAUUCUCCCAUAUGGGUUCCCCCAGGAAUUCUCUGUAGUCUCCACCUUCAGAAUGAGAGAGGACACCUCAGAGGUGGUCUGGGAUCUGUGGAAGGUGAUGGACAGAGAAGGUGCUGAUCAGUUCAGGCUGCGUCUGUAUGGUGAGAGCUAUGCAGUUGACAUAUAUAAUGCAGCAGGAGCAGCAACAGGUAGUGAGCUCACCACCUUUGAGAACUUGGAGAAGCUUUUCGAUGGGGCAUGGCACAAGCUCGCUCUGUAUGCCAGGAGACACUAUAUUACUUUGUAUGUAGAUUGCCAGCAAGUGGGCACAGCCCCUGUCACUCAUGAUGGAGCAAUCAGAACAGAUGGAGAUAGUGUUUUGGCCAGGAGAAUAAAGGAUGAUGUUACUCCGCUGAUUACAAUUAAAUUCCUGUCCCCAUUUUUCACUUUUUUUUCUUUUUGUCCCUUGCAGGAAGAUGACCGGUGUGCUAGCUCAGGACUUAUGGAAACUAGAAAGGAUUGCAACUGCCAGCCUGGAGAACCAGGUUAUGCUGGCCUUCCUGGUCCAAAGGGUGAAAAAGGUGAUCAAGGUGCUCUAGGCUUCCCAGGAUUUCAAGGAAGACAGGGUGAGCCAGGACCACCAGGUUCCGAAGGAUCCUCUGGAUAUUCAGGAGCUAUGGGUUUCCUUGGUGAAACAGGUGAACUUGGCCCCCCAGGGAAAAAGGGUGAACCUGGUUUGCCUGGACCUCAGGGUGAAUCUGGAAUAGAAGGAGAAAUUAGGGAUGCUGGUGGGAGUGGUGAGGAUGGUGGCUCUGGUGAUCCAGGAGAGACGGGUUCUCAAGGAAGACCAGGAAAACAAGGACCUCAGGGGCCUGUGGGACCCAAGGGCUUUGCUGGUGCCAAAGGAAACAAAGGAGAUAUCGGAGAACAAGGAUAUAGGGGUUAUCCAGGAGCCCCCGGAGAGACCGGAGAAGAUGGGCCAAAGGGCAAUGAAGGAUCUCCAGGAAUACCAGGCAGUGAUGGCAUUCCAGGAAGGGAUGGUCCUCUAGGAAUACCAGGAUUAGAAGGCAAGAUUGGACUCAUGGGACCAAAGGGAGAUAAAGGCGAGCGAGGUCCAAGAGGCCCACCUGGAAGGCCAGGUUCCAUGGGCACCAAAGGUGAAAUGGGGGAUCCUGGCCUACCAGGUAACCCUGGCCCUAAAGGAAUAAAUGGCCAAAAGGGGGCUCAAGGUGAGACUGGAGAUGACGGCCCAAAGGGUGAUGUGGGAAGAAAAGGAAGCCGUGGGGAUGCUGGACCCCAGGGGGAUGAUGGAGACAGAGGAGACAAAGGACAACAAGGAGAACGUGGCUUUCCUGGCCCUGCUGGUCCAAAGGGACAAAGAGGUGUCCCUGGAUUACCUGGUCCAAGAGGCUUCCCUGGCCCCACUGGAGAGGAUGGAGCAACUGGGCCCCCUGGAUCUCCAGGGUCUCGGGGACCUGAAGGUCCAGGGCUGCCUGAGGAGCAGGUGUAUGAACUGUGUCGUAAUGUGGUUAUAGCUCAGAUAGCCCAAUAUGCACCUGCUAUCAGAUACAAAUGUGCCAGCGCCUGUCCUACUGCUAACAUGACACUAAUUGGCCCCCCAGGGCCUCGUGGAAUGGCAGGACCACCAGGGAAAAAGGGAAAAACAGGUCUUGAUGGAUUUAAAGGUGAGCCUGGUCCAAGAGGACCUAUUGGAUUUCCUGGAGCUAAAGGAGCAGCUGGGGAACCAGGAGACAGAGGCCAGAAAGGUGAGAGAGGAGAUUCGGGCAUGGGACUCCCUGGCCCAGAUGGACCUCAAGGCUUUAGAGGAUUCCCUGGACAUCCUGCUGUUGCCAAAGAUGGCCAGCCAGGCACAGCAGGUCCCCCUGGAUACAGCGGUCCUCCAGGUCAGCCAGGAUUUCCUGGCCCUUUGGGUGUCCCUGGACUAUGUGAAGCAACAGACUGCAGGAUCUAUGCGCCUCACCUACUGUCAGAACAGGGAUUAGUGAAGGGACCAUCUGUUUAAUUAUAAAAUAAUAACGAUGCCAGGAUAGAUGUGGAAAAAUAUCCGGAUGGCACCCAUUUCCUGUUGGAGUAACGCCACCACCUGAUUCUUCAUUGGUGACCUAGUAAUGUUCUACUUGGCUAAUGGGACCCUGAUAUUAGGCAUUAAACCCCAAAUGUUGUGAUUUCUUUAUUACAUGCCUAGCUAUAUUUAUGUAAACCUGUGCAACUGGUGUAUUGUGGAAGUACCAUUUCACCCUCAAAUCAUUGGUGCAUAAACACUAAACAGCAGAUAAGUAAACAUUGC